UGGACUGAGGGGACAACUUUUUGAAGCAUAUGCACAUAAAAUUCUAGUUAGAGGAAAUAAGGCGUACCGAGUUCGAAAUCUUGAAGAUGGGAAAGAGUCCCAGAAACAGUUCACAGCAUUCGAACAUGUUUUAUUUACACACCUCUCUAAUAUUGAUCAAACUAAACACGAAGGGAAAUAUUGUCAGCCAAUAUCAAAAACAUUCUGUGCUAUUGAUGCUUUCGUACUGGGCGUAUCUAAUUCAAUCAACAUGCUUUUUCAAAUGACAGUAUCAAGUAACCACCCGAUUAAGGUGCAUGGGUUGGAAAACGUUAUGAAUAUUGGAACAAGCCAUGGCUCUUAUGAGCUCUACUUUGUUGUUCCGCCUGAUGUAUGGGAUGAUUUCACCAAACAAAAUUAUAUUAAUCUAGAUGAUACUGAUAGAAAGAAACUAGGAUGCCUCUCCCAAAUAACUCAGUAUGUUUUGGAAAUGCCAUUAUACUUAUAA